GACUCACCGCCAUCCACUCAACGUGUUGUAACCUCCAGUAACAGAGGCGGUGGAGCUCCCCCCCAAAAAGGCGCUUUUAUUUUUUAUUUUAUGGCAUGGGUUAUUUUCAACACUGCCGCAGUGACGGAAAUCCGAGGAGAUUGUGAACUAGUGGGACAUUUCUAAAUGAAUGGUGAAGCCACAUUGUGUUCACAAUAUAUUUUAAUUUGAAAAAUAGUGUGUCGGCUUAUAUGGAUCACGCAUGCUGAUACUGUAUACUACAUAUACAUGACUGCAUGAGAACAACUCGUAGGCUCACUAGGUUGUAGCAAGCCUUUCAAUGUUUCUACAUUUGUAUCCAUUGCCUACUGCUGCCAGUGAAGCUACCUUAGCUAUUCUCAGUGCGUGGUUGCAGGGCGCAAAGAGAACGGACAAUCGCACCGGACCAUUCGAGGUGUUCGGAUGAGGUGUUUGAAUAUAUUCUUUGAUCUUAGAAUUCUAGCCAACCUUAUAUCCAGUAUUUUAUAUAUAUUAAAAAAGCAAUGACAUCUGGCAUUGCAAAGGUGUUGGCAAUGAGGUUGUUCUUCGUGGGAUUUCUGCUCAGUUUGGAGCUCCUAUCUCCUACAGCAUCUAUUGAUGCUCCAAAGACGUGUAGUCCUAAGCAGUUUGUGUGUAAAGAUCAGGUGACCUGCAUCUCUAAAGGAUGGCGCUGUGAUGGAGAGAAGGAUUGUCCAGAUGGGUCGGACGAGUCGCCUGAUAUCUGUCCACACAGAGUGUCCCUGUGUCCGGCCAAUGAAUUUGAGUGUCUGGGGACAGACAUGUGUAUCCACAUGAGCAGACUGUGUGAUGGGAGCCCUGACUGCACUGAUGGCUGGGAUGAGGGGCCACACUGCAGAGAGCUUGGACCAGACUGUGCCACCCAUGGCUGCGAGGGCAACUGCUCUGUAACACACCAAGGACCCAAGUGUUACUGCAAAAUUGGCUAUGAAGUCAGCCAGGAUGGAAAGACAUGCAAAGAUUUCAACGAGUGCAGUGUGUACGGGACAUGCAGUCAGACGUGCUCCAACAACGAGGGCUCCUACACCUGCAGCUGUGUGGAGGGCUACCUACUGCAGCCAGACAACCGCUCCUGCAAGGCCAAGAACGAUCCAGUGGAACAGCUGCCGGUGCUGCUGAUCGCUAACCUCAAUGACAUCCGCUGUACGUCUCUGAGUGGCAUGCCCACCCGCCUCCCGGCCAUCAGCACCAAGAAGACCACUGCCAUGGACUUCAACUACGCCCAGGAGACAGUGUGUUGGAUCGACGUGGGCGACUCGUCCGCCAACACCCACCUGAAGUGUGCCUCCAUCCCUGAGCUGAAGACUGUCAACAACAUCAGGAUAAUUAACAUCUCACUCAGCCUGCACCAUGUGGAGCAGAUGGCUAUUGACUGGCUGACAGGAAACUUCUACUUUCUGGACAACGUGGACGAUCGUAUAUUUGUGUGCAAUGUCGACGGCCAGACAUGUGUCACUCUGCUGGAUCAGGAUCUCUACAACCCUAAAGGCAUCGCCCUGGACCCCCUCAUGGGGAAGGUAUUCUUCACGGACUACGGUCAGACUCCCAAGGUGGAGCGUUGUGACAUGGACGGUCAGAACCGGACCAAGCUGGUGGAUAGUAAGAUCGUGUUCCCCCACGGUAUCACCCUGGACCUGGUCAACAGGCUGGUCUACUGGGCUGAUGCCUACCUGGACUACGUAGAGGUGGUGGACUACGAAGGCAAGAACAGACAUACCAUCAUACAAGGCCUGCUGAUUGAACACCUUUAUGGGCUGACGGUGUUUGAGAACUACCUGUACGCCACCAACUCAGACGAAGGCAACCUGAACCCCGCUAAGACCAGUGUGAUCCGGAUCAACCGUUUCAACUCCUCUGACUACACGGUGGUUACCAGGAUGGACCGCGGCGCCGCCCUGCACGUAUACCAUCAGAGACGCCAACCCCCAGUGAGAGAGAAGAGUCAUGCGUGUGCCCCGGACCAGUUUAAGAAGCCAGGAGGCUGCUCAGACCUCUGUCUGCUGGGGAACAGCCACAAGACCUGGACCUGCCGCUGUCGCUCUGGAUUCAGCCUGGGCAGCGAUGGGAAGUCCUGCAAGAAACCUGAACACGAGUUGUUCCUGGUGUACGGUAAGGGUCGCCCUGGCAUCAUCCGUGGCAUGGACAUGAAUGCCAAGGUCCCAGACGAGUACAUGAUCCCUAUUGAGAAUCUGAUGAACCCGAGGGCGCUGGACUUCCAUGCCGAGAGCGAAUUCAUCUACUUCGCUGACGCCGUGAGUUACAUAAUUGGACGGCAGAAGAUCGAUGGCACAGAGAGAGACACCAUACUAAAGGACGGCAUCCACACCGUGGAGGGGAUAGCGGUAGACUGGAUGGCAGGUAACCUAUACUGGACAGACGACGGGCCCAUGAAGACCAUCAGUGUGGCCAGGUUGGAGAAAGCCUCUCAGACACGCAAGACCCUCAUUGAGGGCAAGAUGACCCACCCCCGUGCCAUCGUAGUGGACCCCCAGCACGGGUGGAUGUACUGGACAGACUGGGAGGAGGACCCCAAGAAGACUAACCGAGGGAAGAUCAAGAAGGCGUGGAUGGACGGCUCGCAUGACCAGGUCCUGCUGACCAGUAAGACAGUGCUGUGGCCCAACGGCCUGAGUCUGGACAUCCCGCAGGGCAUCCUGUACUGGGUGGACGCAUACUACGACCGUAUCGAGAUGGUUUACCUCAACACCACAGAGCGCAAGAUGGUGUACGAGGGAAAUGAGCUGAACCACGCCUUCGGCCUGUGUCACUACAAGCACUUCCUGUUUUGGAACGAGUACCGUGGCGGCAGCAUCUUCAAACUGGACACAACCACCAGCACUGUCACGCUGCUCCGCAAUGAACGACCACCCCUCUUUGAGAUCCGCGUGUAUGACGCUCACCAGCAGCAAGGCACCAACCUGUGUCGUGUGAAAAACGGAGGCUGCAGCAGUCUGUGUCUGGCUAUCCCUGAUGGCAGGUCCUGUGGCUGUGCUGACGACCAGAUACUGGAUGACGACAAUGUCACCUGUAAAGCCAACCCCACCUACAUCCCUCCUCCUCAGUGUCAGCCAGGGGAGUUUGCCUGUAAGAACAACCGCUGUAUCCAGGAGCGAUGGAAGUGUGACGGUGACAACGACUGUUUGGACAACAGCGACGAGGCGCCUGAGCUCUGCCACCUGCACACGUGUCCAUCGGACCGGUUCAAGUGCCAGAAUAACCGCUGUAUCCCCCUGCGCUGGCUCUGUGACGGGGACAAUGACUGUGGAAGCGAUGAGGAUGAGUCCAAUACUACCUGCUCAGCUCGUACGUGCCCACCCAACCAGUAUGCGUGUGCCAGUGGGCGCUGCAUCCCCACUUCCUGGACAUGUGACCUGGAUGAUGACUGUGGGGACCGUUCUGACGAGCCGGCCUCCUGUGCCUACCCCACCUGCUUCCCCCUCACCCAGUUCACCUGUGCCAACGGACGUUGCAUCAACGUCAACUGGCGCUGUGAUAACGACAACGACUGUGGUGACAACAGUGAUGAGGCUGGCUGCAGCCACUCCUGCUCCAGUGUUCAGUUUAAGUGUAACAGCGGCCGCUGCAUCCCUGAGUACUGGACCUGUGACGGGGACAAUGACUGUGGAGACUACAGCGACGAGACCCACGCCAACUGUACCAACCAGGCAACGCGUCCUCCAGGUGGUUGCCACGUGGAUGAGUUCCAGUGUCGCAUGGACAGCCUGUGCAUCCCCAUGCGCUGGCGCUGCGACGGGGACACAGACUGCAUGGAUCUGAGUGAUGAGAGCGACUGUGAGGGAGUGACACACAUGUGUGACCCAGCCGUCAAGUUCAGCUGCCGGAACUCUGCUCGGUGUAUCAGUAAGGCCUGGGUGUGUGAUGGGGACAGUGACUGUGAGGACAGUUCUGAUGAGGACAACUGUGAGGCGUUGGUAUGUAAGCUGUCCCACCACGUCUGUGCCACCAACGCCUCUGUCUGUCUUCCCGCUGAGAAGCUGUGUGACGGCACUGACGACUGCCCUGAUGGCUCAGACGAGAAACUCUGUGACCUGUGCUCCAUAGACAACGGCGGCUGCAGCCACAACUGCUCCAUCAUCCCUGGGGAAGGCUUCAUGUGUUCCUGCCCCCUGGGCAUGGAGCUGGGCGCCGACAACAAAACCUGCAACAUCAUGAACCUCUGUGCCAAGCACCUCAAGUGCAGCCAGAAGUGUGAGCAGGAGAAGAGCAGUGUCAAGUGUUCUUGCUAUGAGGGCUGGGAGCUGGAGACAGAUAUGGAGAGCUGCAAGAGCACUGAUCCUUUCAAGCCGUUCAUCAUCUUCUCCAACCGUCAUGAGAUCCGUCGUAUUGACCUCCACAAGGGAGAGUUCAGCGUGUUGGUGCCUAACCUGAGGAACACCAUCGCUCUGGACUUCCACCUCAGCCAGAACACCCUCUACUGGACUGAUGUGGUGGAGGACAAGAUCUAUCGCGGGAAACUGUCCGACAACGGAGCUCUGACCAGUUUCGAGGUGGUAAUCCAGUAUGGCCUGGCCACUCCAGAAGGGCUGGCUGUGGACUGGAUAGCAGGGAACAUCUACUGGGUGGAGAGUAACCUGGAUCAGAUAGAGGUAGCCAAGCUGGACGGAACCAUGAGGACCACCCUACUGGCUGGUGAGGUGGAGCACCCACGGGCCAUCGCUCUCGACCCCAGAGACGGUAUUCUGUUCUGGACGGACUGGGAUGCCAGCUUGCCCAGGAUAGAGGCAGCAUCUAUGAGUGGUGAGGCCAGGAGGACUAUCCACAGAGAGACUGGCAGCGGUGGCUGGCCAAACGGACUGACUGUAGACUACAUGGAGAGACGCAUUGUAUGGAUCGAUGCCAGGUCUGAUGCCAUUUACUCUGCUCUGUAUGACGGCUCUGGUCUGAUCGAGGUGCUGAGGGGUCAUGAGUACCUGUCUCAUCCUUUUGCUGUCACUAUGUACGGAGGAGAGGUGUACUGGACAGACUGGAGGACCAACACUCUGGCCAAGGCCAACAAGUGGACCGGCAGCAACGUAACCGUGGUCCAACGCACCAACACACAACCCUUCGACCUGCAGGUGUAUCAUCCCUCCAGACAGCCCCAGGCUCCUAACCCUUGUGCAACCGCUGACGGGCAGAGCCCCUGUUCUCACCUGUGUCUGAUCAGCUACAACCAGACUUUCUCCUGUGCCUGUCCUCACCUCAUGAAGCUGCAGGCUGACAAACACACCUGCAAAGAGUCCCGUCAGUUCCUGCUGUAUGCCCGUCAGACAGAGAUCAGGGGAGUGGACAUAGACAACCCCUACUAUAACUACAUCAUCUCCUUCACGGUGCCAGACAUAGACAACGUGACUGUGGUGGACUAUGACGCUCUGGAGAACCGGAUCUACUGGUCAGAUGUUCGAACCCAGACCAUCAAGAGAGCCUUCAUCAACGGGACCGGAGUGGAGACUGUGGUGUCUGCUGACCUGCCCAACGCCCAUGGUCUGGCAGUAGACUGGGUGUCUAGGAACCUGUUCUGGACCAGCUAUGAUGUCAAUAAGAAACAGAUCAACGUGGCCAGACUGGACGGAUCCUUUAAGAACGCUGUAAUCCAGGGCCUUGAUAAACCCAACUGUCUGGUCCUGCACCCUGUACUGGGAAAGCUGUACUGGACCGAUGGGGACAACAUCAGUGUGGCCAACAUGGAUGGCAGCAACCAUACGACGCUCUUCACCAAUCAGAGGAGCCCUAUAGGCCUGUCUGUAGACUACGACAGUGAGCAGCUGUACUGGGUCAGCUCAGGGAACGGCACCAUCAGUCGCUGUAAGCUGGAUGGCUCAGGCCUGGAGGUCCUGGACGGGGUCAAACCGGGCAGGCUGACCAAGGCCUCUGCUCUGGCCAUCAUGGGAGACAAGCUGUGGUGGGCCGACCAGGGGACAGACCAGAUAGGGACCUGUGAUAAGAGUGACGGGGGGAACUGGAAGGUGCUACGUAACAACACUUCUCCCAUGACGCACAUGAAGAUCUACAACGAGAGCAUGCAGACCGGUACAGGCAUCAACCUGUGUAGCAAUAAGAAUGGAGACUGUUCCCAGCUGUGCCUGCCCACCUCCCCUAGCACCAGAGCCUGUAUGUGUACCGCAGGUUACAGCCUCCAGAGUGGGCGGCAGUCCUGCGAGGGUAUGGGCUCCUUCCUGCUCUACUCAGUACAUGAGGGCAUUAGAGGAAUCCCCCUGGACCCGUCUGAUCAAUCCGAUGCCCUGGUGCCCGUGUCUGGCACCUCGCUGGCUGUGGGCAUCGACUUCCACGCUGACAAUGACACUAUCUACUGGGUGGACAUGGGCCUGAGCACCAUCAGCAGAGCUAAGAGAGACCAGACCUGGAGAGAAGACGUGGUGACCAACGGCAUCGGCAGGGUGGAGGGCAUCACUGUGGACUGGAUAGCAGGUAACAUCUACUGGACAGACCAGGGCUUUGACGUGAUCGAGGUGGCCAGACUCAAUGGUUCAUUCCGCUAUGUGGUCAUCUCCCAGGGUCUGGACAAGCCCCGUGCCAUCACCGUCCACCCAGAAAGAGGGUAUCUGUUCUGGACAGAGUGGGGUCAGGUCCCCCGUAUAGAGAGGGCCCGUCUGGACGGCUCUCAGAGAGUUGUCCUGGUCAAUGACAGCAUCAUGUGGCCCAACGGAAUCUCCAUCGACUACAAGGAGCGGAGGUUGUACUGGUGUGAUGCGCGGACCGAUAGGAUAGAGCGUAUCAAUCUGGAGAAUGGAGAAAACAGAGAGCUGCUUCUGGCCAAUAACAAUAUGGACAUGUUCGCUGUGUCCGUCUUCGAGGGCUUCAUCUACUGGAGUGACAGGACUCAUGCCAACGGUUCCAUCAAGAGAGGCAACAAAGACAACGCUACAGAAUAUGUGUAUCUGAGGACAGGCAUCGGUGUACAGCUGAAGGAUAUCAAGGUCUUCAACAGGGACAGGCAACAAGGCACCAACGUCUGUAAAAACAACAAUGGCGGCUGCGAACAGCUCUGCCUUUACCGCGGCAACGGGGAGCGAACCUGUGCCUGCGCACACGGCAUGCUGGCCGAGGACAGCCACAGUUGCCGUGACUACGACGGCUACCUGCUGUACUCGGAGCGGACCAUUCUGAAGAGUAUCCACCUAUCAGACGAGACCAACCUGAACGCCCCCAUCAAGCCCUUUGAGGACCCGGAACACAUGAAGAACGUCAUCGCCCUGACCUUUGACUACCGCGGAGGAGGGGGGAGGGGAGCCAACCGGAUCUUCUUCAGUGACAUACACUUUGGAAACAUCCAGCAGAUCAACGAUGACGGAUCAGAACUGCAGAAGGUUGUAGAGAAUGUAGGCUCAGUGGAGGGCUUGGCGUACCACCGUGGCUGGGAUACCCUCUAUUGGACCAGCUACACCACCUCCACCAUCACCCGACACACGGUCGACCAGGCCCGACCGCAGGCCUACGACCGCAACACCGUGGUCACCAUGUCUGGAGACGACCACCCCAGGGCCUUUGUGCUGGACGAGUGUCAGGAUCUGAUGUUCUGGACCAACUGGAAUGAGCAGUCCCCCAGUAUCAUGCGUGCCAGUCUGUCUGGUGCCAACGUGCUGGUGAUCAUCGGUAAUGAUAUCCGCACCCCCAACGGCCUGGCCAUAGACCAUCGCGCAGAGAAACUCUACUUCUCAGACGCCACACUGGACAAGAUAGAGCGCUGCGAGUACGACGGCAGCAACCGCUACGUGGUGGUGAAGAAUGAGCCGGUGCAUCCAUUUGGCCUGGCGGUGUAUGGGGACUACAUCUUCUGGACUGACUGGGUCCGCAGGGCCGUGCUUAGAGCUGACAAGUUUGUGGGCAGAGACAUGAGGUUACUGAGAAAUGACAUCCCCCAGCAGCCAAUGGGAAUAAUCGCUGUGGCCAACGACACCAACAGCUGUGAGUUCUCCCCCUGUCUGACCAACAACGGGGGCUGUCAGGACCUGUGUCUGCUCACCUCAGACGCUAGGGUCAACUGUAGUUGCCGUGGAGACCGCAGACUCCUGGAGGACAACAGCUGUUCAGCUCUGAACGCAUUGUGUGGUAGUGUGGAUGACUUUGAGUGUGGCAACGGGGAUUGCAUCAACUACAGCCUGACCUGUGAUGGCAUGGCCCACUGCAAGGACAAGUCAGACGAGAAACAGUCCUACUGCGCGAACCGUCUGUGUAAGAAAGGCUACAGGCGAUGUAUCAAUGGACGCUGCAUCGGCCACAUGUUCUGGUGUGACGGGACUGACGACUGUGGAGAUCACUCAGAUGAGCUGCCCUGCAACAUGACCCUGUGCAAAGCUGCAGAGUUCCGGUGUCGAGAUGGAAGCUGCAUCUCCAACUCCAGCCGCUGUGACCAGGUGGUCAACUGUGAGGAUGCCAGUGAUGAGAUGAACUGCUUGCCAACUGACUGUUCUCGCUACUUCCGUCUGGGGGUGAAGGGGGCGACCUUCCAGAGCUGUGAGAGGACCACAUUGUGCUAUCUGCCUUCCUGGAAAUGUGACAGUAACAACGACUGCGGAGACUUCUCAGACGAGAGGAACUGCCCAGACAAGAAGAAGCUGAAGUGCCCGGUGAACUUCUUUGCGUGCCCCAGUGGUCGCUGUAUCCCUAUGAGCUGGACCUGUGACAAGGAGAACGACUGUGAGAACGGCGCUGACGAGACCCACUGUGAUAAGUUCUGUACGUCCACUGAGUUUGAGUGUGGGAACCAUCGCUGUAUCUCCAACCACUGGGUGUGUGACGGUGCCAACGACUGUGGUGACAAAUCUGACGAGGACGACAGAUGCAAAACUAAGACGUGCAGCCCGGAGGCGUUCCAGUGUCCCGGCACUCAUGUGUGUGUCCCUCAGCGCUGGAAGUGUGACGGGGACAAGGACUGUCUGGACGGGGCUGACGAGAGCAUCAAGGCUGGCUGCUUGUACAACAACACCUGUGAUGAGAAUGAGUUCAUGUGUCAGAACAGACAUUGUAUCCCCAAGCACUUUGUGUGUGACCAUGACAUGGACUGCUCCGACGGAUCAGACGAGUCCCCAGAGUGUGAGUACCCAACGUGUGGGCCAGGGGAGUUCCGCUGUACCAACGGCCGCUGCCUCAACCAGAAGGUCUGGGAGUGUGAUGGAGAGUUUGACUGUCAGGACCGCUCAGAUGAGGCCCCCAAGAACCCCCACUGCACAGACUCAGAGAGGAAGUGUAAUGAGUCUGCCUACUUGUGUCGUAACGGGAAGUGUCUUAACGAGACGUUGCUGUGUGACCGUAAUGACGACUGUGGUGACGGCUCUGACGAACUCAACUGCUUCAUCAACGAGUGUCUGAACAGCAAGCAGAGUGGCUGCUCCCAGCUCUGUGAGGACCUCAAGAUAGGUUUCAAGUGCAGGUGUCUUCCUGGUUUCCAGCUGAAGCGGGAUGGGAAGACGUGUGUGGAUAUAGAUGAGUGUACCACGUCCUACCCCUGUACCCAGCGCUGUAUCAAUACACACGGAUCCUUCCACUGUCUCUGUGUGGAGGGCUUCCAGCUACGGCCUGACAAUCCUACUAUCUGCAAGUCCACCUCUGAUGAGGAGCCGUUCCUGAUCUUUGCUAAUCGGUACUACCUGAGGAAGCUGGGCCUGGAUGGUUCCAACUACACCCUGAUAAAACAGGGCCUGAACAAUGCGGUGGCGCUGGACUUCCACUAUGCAGAACAGAUGCUCUACUGGACCGACGUGACCACUCAGGGCUCCAUGAUACGACGCAUGAACAUCAACGGCAGUAACAUAGAGGUGCUGCACCGGACCUCCCUCAGUAACCCAGAUGGAUUGGCUGUGGACUGGGUGGGAGGGAACCUUUACUGGUGUGAUAAGGGGCGGGACACCAUCGAGGUGUCCAAGCUCAACGGAACCUUCCGGACGGUCUUGGUGAACGCCGGCCUGAGGGAACCACGCGCUGUGGCUUUGGACGUACGCAACGGGUACCUGUAUUGGUCAGACUGGGGGGACAACCCGCAUAUAGGGCGGAUCGGGAUGGACGGCUCCAACAGAAGUGUGAUCGUAGAGGAUAAGAUCACCUGGCCCAACGGCCUCACGCUGGACUUAAUCAAUGACCGCAUCUACUGGGCCGACGCCAGAGAGGACUACAUCGAGUUCGCCAGCCUGGACGGGAGUAACAGACACACGGUGCAUACCCAGGACGUCCCCCACAUCUUCGCCAUGACUCUGUUUGAGGAGUACAUCUACUGGACCGACUGGGAGACCAAGUCCAUCAACAGGUGUCACAAGACCCUGGGUAUCAACAAGACCACCCUGAUCACUACCCUCCACCGGCCCAUGGACAUCCACAUCUACCACCCUUACCGCCAGCCUGAGGUGUUCAACCACCCGUGCCAGACAGACAACGGUGGCUGUAGUAACCUGUGUCUACUGAGCCCUGGAGGGGGCUACAAGUGUGCCUGUCCCACCAACUUCUACCUGGCCAAUGAUGGACACACCUGCAUGUCCAACUGCACUGCCAGCCAGUUUGUGUGUAAGAACGACAAGUGCAUCCCCUUCUGGUGGAAGUGUGACACGGAGGACGACUGUGGGGAUCGCUCGGACGAGCCUGCAGAAUGCCCUAAGUUCAAAUGCCGGCCAGGCCAGUUCCAGUGUGGGACAGGCAUCUGUACCAACCCAGCUUACAUCUGUGAUGGGGACAACGACUGCCAGGAUCAUUCAGACGAGGCGAACUGCGAUAUCCACGUGUGUCUGCCCAGUCAGUUCAAGUGCUCCCACCCCAGCCGCUGUAUCCCGGGAAUCUUCCGCUGUAAUGGACAGGACAACUGUGGAGAAGGCGAGGACGAGACGGACUGUCCCGAGGUCACCUGUGCAUCCACCCAGUUCCAGUGUGCCAUCACCAAGCGCUGUGUCCCUCGUGUCUGGGUGUGUGACCGUGACAAUGACUGUGUGGAUGGAUCGGACGAACCAGCCAACUGCACCCAGAUGACGUGUGGCGUGGAUGAGUUUCGUUGUAAGGACUCUGGUCGCUGCAUCCCGGCCCGGUGGAAGUGUGACGGGGAGGAUGACUGUGGAGACUCAUCUGACGAACCCAAAGAAGAGUGUGAUGAGAGGACGUGUGAGCCAUACCAGUUCAGGUGUAAGAACAACCGCUGUGUCCCGGGUCGCUGGCAGUGUGACUAUGACAACGACUGUGGGGACAACUCGGACGAGGACAAGUGUGUCCCACGGCAGUGCUCAGAGAGUGAGUUUGCCUGUACCAAUGGACGCUGUAUCGCCGGGAGGUGGAAGUGUGAUGGAGACCAUGACUGUGCUGACGGAUCUGAUGAGGGCGGCUGUGACCUGAAGUGUGACAGUGACCAGUUCCAGUGUGAGAACGGCCACUGUAUCCCCAACCGCUGGCGCUGUGACGCAGAUGCUGACUGUUUGGAUGGCAGCGAUGAGGAGAAGUGUCACAUAGCUGUUGAGAGACACUGCCCCCUGGACGACUUCCAGUGUAACAACACGCUGUGUAAGCCCCUGGCCUGGAAAUGCGACGGAGAGGACGACUGUGGAGACAACUCGGAUGAGAACCCUGACGAGUGCAGGAGGUUCCAGUGCCCCCCCACCAGGACUUUCCGCUGCCAGAACGACCGUGUGUGUCUGAAAGUGUCCAAACAGUGUGACGGAGUUGACAACUGCGGGGACAACUCUGAUGAGCUCAACUGCCAGCCCCCUCCAGCCCAGCCUACCUGUGACAAGGAUGAGUUCCUGUGUGCCAAUGGCAGGUGCAUCAGCUCCAGCCUGCGCUGUAACUUCUUCAAUGACUGUGAGGACUACGGUUCAGAUGAGAUCCACUGCAAGACAGACACCAAGCUGAACGACUGCAGGAGUAACAGGACUCUGUGUGGGGACGGGGAUGAGGCACACUGUGUCAGCAACCGGACAGACUCCUUCUGCUCCUGCAAACCAGGCUUCCAGAAGACUGCUCAUAACACCUGUGAAGAUAAGAAUGAGUGUAAGCAGUUUGGAGUGUGCUCCCACAUGUGCAACAACACCAAGGGAUCCUACAAGUGUAGCUGCCACAAACACUUCACCAGGAUCAAUGACACCUGCAAGGCUGACAACCAGAACAGUAGCAGACAGGUGCUCUACAUCGCCGAUGACAACGAGAUCCGCAGCCUGGACCCUGGCAUGCCCAACUGGCGCUACGAGCAGAGCUUCCAGGGCGAUGCCAACGUACGCAUCGAUGCCAUGGACCUGCACGUCAAGACCAACCGCAUCUACUGGACCAACUGGCACACUGGCAGAAUCUCCUCCUACGAGCUGCCUUCAUCAUCGUCAUCUUCCUCUUCUGGCACAUCGUCAAAUACACGCCGCAACCGCCGCCAUAGUGAGGGAGGUGUUACUACCCUGGAGAUUGUAGGGCAUCUAAACAUGCCUCGGGGUAUAGCAGUGGACUGGGUGGCUGGUAACCUGUACUGGACUGAAUCUGGCAGAGAUGUGAUCGAGGUGGCCCAACUUUCAGGCAAACACCGCAAGACCCUAAUCUCAGGCAUGAUAGACGAGCCUAACGCCAUUGUAGUGGACCCCCAGAGAGGGACCCUGUACUGGGCCGACUGGGGAAACCACCCUAAGAUUGAGACAGCAGCCAUGGAUGGAACCCUGAGACAGACCCUGGUCCAUGAGAACAUCCAGUGGCCCACAGGUCUGGCGGUAGACUACUUCAAUGAGCGCUUGUACUGGGCGGACGCUAAGCUGUCUGUUAUCGGGAGCGUGCGACUCAACGGCUCCGACCCUGUCAUCUCCAUCACAGGACUCAAAAACAACCUGCUCCAUCCGUUCAGCAUCGACAUCUUUGAGGACUACAUAUAUGGCGUCACCUACAUUAAUAACUUUGUGUUCCGGGUCAACAAGUUUGGCAAGAGCCCCAUGGAGAACCUGACCACUGGCAUUAACCACGCCACAGACAUAGUCCUUUACCACCGUUACAAACAACCAGAGAUGACCAACCCAUGUGACAGGAAGAAGUGUGAGUGGUUGUGUCUGCUCAGCCCCAGUGGUCCAGUCUGUACCUGUCCAAACGAUCGCGUGGCUGAAAACGGCACAUGUGUGGAGAGACCCCCUUCCACACGGUCUCCAUUCUCCCCCUCUCCCCUCGGGCCGUGUACGGUCCAGUGCCUGAACGGAGGGAACUGUUUCCUGAACACCAGGCAGCAGGCUAAGUGUCAGUGCCAGCCCAGUUUCACUGGAGAGAGGUGUGAGGUCAACCAGUGUAGAGACUACUGUAAGAAUGGAGGAGCCUGCACUGCCUCAGUCAUAGGGGCCCCUACCUGCCGCUGUCUGAAGGGCUUCACGGGGCCCCAGUGUAAACUCCACACCUGUCAGGACCACUGUCAUAAUGGAGGCAGCUGCACUGUAUCCCAGGGCAACCAGCCCACCUGCCGCUGUCCGCCUGAGUAUCUGGGAGACCAGUGUCAAUACAGUACAUGUGAGGGUUACUGUGAGAACGAGGCCAUGUGUCUGCAGACGUCCAAUGCCACCAAGCUGUGUCGCUGUACCUCUCAGUUCCAUGGACAGCUCUGUGAGCUGGACAAGUGUGAGUACUGCGGACCUAACGGCAAGUGUCUGCCCAAAGCCUCAGGAGAGGUCAUGUGCAGCUGUCCUAACGGUCGUACCCAGCCCAGCUGCUACACCUGUCUAGAUUUCUGCACCAAUGGACUCUGCUCUAUCGAACCAGGCACACUACUGCCCCAGUGCAAGUGUUCUAUAGGGUGGAGGGGGUAUCGAUGUGAAGUCACUGCCUCUCCUGUGGACUCUCCUGAAUCCAGUGGAAGUUCUGCCUCCAUAAUCAUCCCAGUGCUGCUGCUGUUAUUACUGGCGCUGCUGAUUGUCAGCGCCAUCUUGUGGUACAAGAGGAGAAUGCGUGGGUCUGUAUGGCCGGGCAAACGCUCCCGACAUUCUCGUGCUAAGGGCUUUCAGCACCACAGGAUGACCAACGGGGCCAUGAAUGUGGAGAUAGGGAACCCAGCCUAUAAGAUCUACGAAGGGGAGCCAGACGACGAUGCUGGGGAACUCCUGGAUUCAGACUUUGCUUUAGACCCAGAUAAGCCCACCAACUUCACCAACCCAGUGUACGCCACCCUGUACAUGGGAGCCCACAACAGCCGCAACUCCUUGGCUAGUACUGACGAGAAGAAAGAGUUACUCUCACAGGUGGACGAGGACAUGAGUGACACGCUGGCAUAGAGGUCAGGGGUCAGGCACACCCGAGCCACGUCUGGACCACGCCCACAUGCCUUUUACCAAUCAAGAAAAGCGUCAAAAGGAAGAAAGAGAGAACACUGUAUAAAAUGUAUACAAUGAAGGACUACUUUUGUAUGUGAUUGCAGUAUUCUUUUUUGUUCUUUUGAGAAAAAGGAAAAUUUGUCUAUUCAGAAAAAGGAAGAACCAUUUCAUAGAUUUUUUAAUUCAACUCGUUUUAUUUUGCUCACCUUCCUCCCCACUUGCUACUGUCACUCCCCCUUCAUCCCUUGAUCCAUAUAGCCACUACCUCUAUGUAAAGGUGUAGAGAAAAACAAACAGCAGUUAGUUCAUUUUGUAUGAAUUGUGUAGGGAAAAAACAUUGUUCUAUUUCAGAGAAGUUUGUUUGUGAAAGAUGUGGAGAAAAGAGGAUGUAAAGUUUAAUAGUCAGUAGUCAGUUCUGAAUGCCAAUUGACGCUGGUUUGGUUUAUGUGUUACUUUCUGUGCCAUCUAUCUCUACUGCUUGAGGUGUACAAUAUAUCAAUAGAAUGGUGUAGAAUGAGAACACGGCUGUUGGAACUAAAAGGGUUCUGUAACUGUGUUCAGGAACUGGAACAGGAACCACAUGGCAGAGUAAGUCAGCAUCACAAAUACUAAUGUCCGUUCUGUUGAAAACUAUGUUCCAAGUGAUUGUCUUUUUUCUCCUUGCACAGAAGACUAGAAGUGUGUGUGUGUGUAUAUACACUACAUGACCAAAAGUAUGUGGACCCCUGCUCGUCGAACAUCUCAUUCGAAAAUCAUGGGCAUUAAUAUGGAAUUGGUCCUCCCUAUAACAGUCUCCACUCUUCUGGGAAGGCUUUCCACUAGAUGUUGGAACAUUGCUGCUGGGACUUGCUUCCAUUCAGUCAAAAGAGCAUUAGUGACAUUGGGCGAUUAGGCCUGGCUCACAAUCGGCAUUCCAAUUCAUCCCAAAGGUGUUCGAUGGGGUUGAGGUCGGGGCUCUGUGCAGGCCAGUCAAGUUCUUCCACACCGAUCUCGACAAACUAUUUCUGUAUGGACUUCGCUUUGUGCACGCGGGCAUUGCCAUGCUGAAACAGGAAAGGGCCUUCCCCAAACUGUUGCCACAAAGUUGGAAGCACAGAAUCGUCUAGAAUGUCAUUGUAUGCUGUAGCGUUAAGAUUUCCCUUCACUGGAACUAAGAGCCUAAACCAUGAAUAACAGCCCCAAUAUUCCUCCUCCACCUAAAUGUACAGUUGGCACUAUGCAUUCAGGCAGGUAGCAUUCUCCUGGCAUCUGCCAAACCCAGAUUCGUCCGUCGGACUGCCAGAUGGUAAAGAGUGAUUCGUCACUCUAGAGAACGUGUUUCCACUGCUCUAGAGUCCAAUGGCGGUGAGCUUUACACCAGUCCAGCCGACGCUUGGCAUUGCGCAUGGUGAUCUUAGGCUUGUCUGCGGCUGCUCGGUCAUGGAAACACAUUUCAUGAAGCUCCAGACAAAACAGCUCUUGUGCUGACGUUACUUCCAGAGGCAGUUUGGAACUCGGUAGUGAGUGUUGCAACUGUGGACAGACAAUUUUUACAUGCUACGCGCUUCAGCACUUGGCGGUCCCGUUCUGUGAGCUUGUGUGGCCUACCACAGACGUUUUUGCUCCAAGAUAUUUACACUUCACAAUAACAGCACUCACAGUUGACCGGGGCACCACUAGCAGGGAAGAAAUGUGACAAACUGACUUGUUGGAAAGAUGGCAUCCUAUGAUGGUGCCACUUUGAAAGUCACUGAGCUCUUCAAUAAGGCCAUUUUACUGCAAAUGUUUGUCUAUAGAGAUUGCAUGGCUUUGCUCUCGAUUUUAUACACCUGUGUGGCUGAAAUAGCCGAAUCGACUAAUUGAAAGGGUGUCCACAUAUUUUUGUAUAUAUAGUGUAUAUUUAUACACAUAUACAGUACCAGUCAAAAGUUUGGACACACCUACUCAUUCAAGGGUUUUUCUUUACAUUUACUAUUUUAUACAUUGUUUAAUAAUUGCGAAGACAUCAAAACUAUAAAAUAACACAUAUGGAAUAAUGUAGUAACCAAAAAAGUGUUAAACAAAUCAAAAUAUAUUUUAUAUUUGAGAUUCUUCAAAGUAGCCACCCUUUGCCUUGAUGACAGCUUUGCACACUCUUGGCAUUCUCUCAACCAGCUUCAUGAGGUAGUCACCUGGAAUGCAUUUCAAUUGACAGGUGUGCCUUGUUAAAAGUUAAUUUGUGGAAUUUAUUUCCUUCUUAAUGCGUUUGAGCCAAUCAGUUGUGUUGUAACAAGGUAGGGCUGGUAUACAGACGAAUAUCCUAUUUGGUAAAAGACCAAGUCCAUAUUAUGGCAAGAACAGCUCAAAUAAGCAAAGAGAAAUGACAGUCCAUCAUUACUUUAAGACAUGAAGGUCAGUCAAUCUGCAAAAUUCAAGAACUUUGAAGGUUUCUUCAAGUGCUGUUGCAAAAACCAUCAAGCGCUAUGAUGAAACUGGCUCUCAUGAGGACUGCCACAGGAAAGGAAGACCCAUAGUUACCUCUGCUGUAGAGGAUACGUUCAUUAGAGUUAACUGCACCUCAGAUUGCAGCCCAAAUAAAUGCUUCACAGGGUUCGAGUAACAGACACAUCUCAACAUCAACUGUUCAGAGGAGACUGCGUGAAUCAGGCCUUCAUGGUCAAAUUGCUGCAAAAAAAAAACUACUAAACACCAGUAAGAAGAGACUUGCUUGGGCCAAGAAACACAAGCAUUGGACAUUAGACUCGUGGAAAUCUGUAUUUUGUCUGAUGAGUCCAAAUUUGAGAUUUUUGGUUCCAACCACCAUGUCUUUGUGAGACGCAGAGUAGGUGAACGGAUGAUCUCCGCAUGUGUGGUUCCCACCGUGAAGCAUAGAGGAGGAGUUGUGAUGGUGUGGGGUCACUUUGCUAUCUGUGAUUUAUUUAGAAUUCAAGGCACACUUAACCAGCAUAGCUAGCACGGCAUUCUGCUACGAUACGGCAUCCCAUCUGGUUUGCCCUUAGGGGGUAUAUCAUUUGUUUUUUAACAGGACAAUGACCCAACACAGCUCCAGGCUGUGUAAGGGCUAUUUUAACAAGAAGGAGAGUGAUGGAGUACUGCAUCAGAUGACCUGGCUUCCACAAUCACCCGACCUCAACUCAAUUGAAAUGGUUUGGGAUGAGUUUGACCACAGAGUGAAGGAAAAGCAGCCAACAAUUGCUCAGCAUAUGCGGGAACUCCUUCAAGGCUGUUGGAAAAGCUUUCCUCAUGAAGCUGGUUGAGAGAAUGCCAAGAGUGUGGAAAGCUGUUAUCAAGGCAAAGGGUGGCUACUUUAAAGGAUCUCAAAUAUAACAUAUAUUUUGAUUUGUUUAACACUUUUUUGGUUACUACAUGAUUCCAUAUGUGUUAUUUCAUAGUGUUGAUGUCUUCACUGUUAUUCUACAAUGUAGAAAAUAGUUCAAAUGAAGAAAAAGCCUUGAAUGAGUAGGUGUGUCCAAACAUUUGACUGGUACUGUGUAUAUAUAUAUAUAUAAACCUAUUAACAAAGUGUCUUCAAAAUAUACCCAGGAAUACAAACAUGAAAUAACAGUCUGUCUGUAUUAUGUUUUAGCUGGUUUUCAUUUUUAGUCUUGUAUAAAUGGCCGGCUAAAUGUGCUUAAUGAAUGAAAGUAAUGGAGUGUGUAACGUGUUGGAGGUAGAUGAUUGUAUUAAAGCAGACAUUCCAGGAUGAAGAUUCAGGGGACGGAUAUCCGUGACCUUGGGAAGUAACUGAGGCCAUUGGGGUAUGAGAGGACAUGUUUUGGGGUAACCCAGAAUGUGUUUAGGGGGGCCUUGAUGUGAGAGGAUGCAUAUUGGGGCCCAGAGGGUCCAGGACCAUGUCAGUGACUGUUUAGUACAAUUCCGACUGUAAACUGUCAGCCUGGUGAUUGGCUGUUUUAGCAACAAGCAAGACUCUGUGAACGCCUGACAUGGCUGAAACAAACCAUUUACGAUAAAACAACAAGCUGACGAUGCUUUUGUCUUUGUCUGUGAUUGUAAACAUACUUUCAGGAGAGGCCAGAGAGCCAGUUGUUUCAUGGGGGAAAUGUUAAAAGAACAGUGUUGCGUGUUUUUAAUGAUUGUAAUAAUUACAUCAUGCCUAUGUCAUUUCACUUUCUGCUCAUUGUAAGUGCAUUCCUCAGGAGGUUAGGAUUGUUAGCCUCCUGAUUAGCAUCCCCUCUUGUUAUCCCCUCCGCCUUGCUGCUAACGCUAGUUAUGCUAUGGCAUUGUUGAAUACUCAUUUCUGAUUGGCUUGAAGGGCAUUCUAGAGCGUGCAUUAUUUCCCUAUAACGCACGGUAUAAUUCAAAGGCUAUAAAGUUCAUUCUUAUGUUCUAUUUUGUAUUUUUUUUGCUGCUGCUUUUGAAAGCAAAAUUCGAAUUAAAAACAUUAUUGGCAUUGUUGAAUUCAUAAUAGCAAGCUAGGAUGAUGGUUUGGUUAGCUAAACUAGCAAGUCUGUUUGAUUACCAAGGUUACUACUGUAUCUAGCUAGCUAGUAAACUUGCUAACUUCUUCAGUGGAUGUUAUCACAUUUCUACUGGCAAAUGAACACAUUUCUUGAGCUAAUUAUGUUAAUUUAUAGCCAUGGUAUAAAAGGGAUAAUCAACUCAGCGCUCAAUGCGUUCUCUGGAAAAUAAUUCAACUCCGUGGAAGGUUAAUUCCACUCCGCUAACGUAUCGUGGAACACACCUUCCACGUUGUGCACUAUUUUCCAAGGAACGCAUAGCCCCUCGUUGAUUAUCCCUUACCUCUCCGUCUGUCUGUCUGUAGGCUCGGCUGUCUGUCGGCUUGUCUGACUAGCCAUCCCUGUCAGCCCUGUCUGUAAGUCUUGUCGGUCUGUUGCUCUGAUAGAACUGUCUGUCUAUGUUUGUUUGCCUGCCUGUCUGUCAUUGGUCCAAUCUCAGUCUCAGCCAAUCAUGUGCUGCUGACCAUUCGGAGGUGAUUAACCAUAUCUAUCAUACUAUAUUACAGUUUACACUGCAUGGAACUCACAAUACACACACACAUACAAACCCAAUAUCAAACCACUCUGGCUUAACCAUCAUUUGUUAUUAACAGUUUUCAUCAUUAAUUGGAUUUUAAUUACAUUUCUGCUCUGUUACAUUUUUAUUUGAACAAUGUAAAUUAGGUACAAUCUGUUUAAAAUUUUUGACAAAUAUUUCAGCAAAACAAAACCCUACACACGGAUUUUUGUUGCUCUAUUUCAGUUGGUAAUGAUUUCAUUUCUUUUUGAUAGAAGAAAUUAAAUGGAUUUUUAUAGUAGAAACACA